UUUUUACAAAGGCGGUAAAGAACCAUUGAAUAGAUUUUGGCGCAAAGUUGAGGAAGAACUCAAUUCAGCGGGGCCACCAUCAAAAUGUAUUGCCGAAUGGAAGAAGGUGUGGGCUGAUCAAAAGAAGUACGUGCGACACAAAGCAGCCAGUAACCUUAGACAUAGUAAGGGAACUGGAGGAGGCCCUAAUAUCGAAUACAAGUUUUCUGCAACAGAAAGGGCAAUAUUCGAGUUGAUAGGGAUGAAGGAAUCCGUGGAAGGUGUGGCGAAGACAUUUGGGCUGACAUCUUCGAUUAAUGUUGAACGAGUGGAAGAAAACCUUGAUUUCUUGAUGAAUGAGAGUGGUGUAGUGAAUGAAAUUGUAUUGGAGAAUGAGUGUGUCGCGAUGAAUGAGGACCCAAUGGAUUGUGUGUUUCUGAUUGACGAAGAGGAGACUACUUACCAGCCAUCUUCAAAAGCAGUUAAGCCUACUUCCUCCAAAAAAGUGUUGACAAAACAAAUUCUCGUGGAAAAUGUUGCAACUCAGCGCGAGCUAUGCGACACCAUCAAGGGUGCAGUUUCGGAAUCCAAAGAACAGCAAGAAAACGUAAAAAAAAUUUAUAGAGCGAUCGACAGUAUGCAGGCGGUCCAGAAAAAGCAUUUAAAGAAAUGGACAAAAUUAAAGAGGGAAGAAAUUGGCGAAAUGAAAAGGCAUAAUCUGGUCAUGGAAGAACUCAUGCUUCGCCAAUUAGAGAAGUAA